CGGCCACAAGCGCUUGUGCCAGAGCUUCUCGAAAGACCAGCGAACGCACCCUUGCAAUAUCAAGACGAAACGACGACAAAUGGCUGCCCUCUCAAUGAAGGACCUCGCAGCCGCAGCCGAAGCGACGAUUUUAAGGCCCGAAGGCCUCACAUUACAACAAGGAGAAGAAGGCGGAAAGACGCGCUGGUCGUUUCAGGACGAAAAACCGCCGCAGGAAGAAAAAAUAAUAAAUGACGACGUCACCAUGAAAACGUGCACCGGCAGCAUUGGCGUCGGCCUCUUCGCGAGAAGGUUGCUCGAAGGAGGCUCGGUAAUCCUGAAGAGUCAUCCAAUCGCCCACGCGGCGCGGGGCUUCGACGGCGCGCGAUGCGACGUGUGUCUGGCGCCCGUCGCCAAGAGCGUGAAAUGUCAAGGCUGCGCGGCCGUGGUCUACUGCGGCAAAGCGUGUGCGACAUCCAACGCUUCAAAAGAUCAUCUGCAAAAUGGCGAGUGCAAGGCCGCAGCAGCAUUGCCAAAAAUACUGCCGACGUGUCUGCUCGCGGCGCGCGUCUUACGUAAAAUGCGCGCCGACCCCGCCAUCAAUAAAUAUGUAAGCGCGUUGAAGCGGAAAUCGAAUCUUGACGGGGACGACGAGUUACAGGCGGCCGCGCAAGUCGUCAAACAGUUGUCGGGCGAGACUAAUGAAAACGCGUGCGCCUCUGUAUUAGCUGUGUUACAACGCAACGCGCACUCGGUCUGCGACGAUGAGCUGAGAGAGGUCGGCGUCGCGCUCUAUCCGAGGGCGGUGACCGCGGCGAACCACUCUUGUCGGCCGAACAUCUGGCCGCGGUUCCGGUUCACUGUCUCAAAAGCGCCUGUCUUAGAGUACGCCGUCUUGUCAAGUGUCGAGGCGAACAAGGAGCUGACGCACGAGUACGCCGAUUUACUUGAUGAGCAUCGGAGAGAAUCGCUGCGAAAGAAUUACGGGUUUGUCUGCGCCUGCGACGAGUGCGCCUUCGCUUCUAAAGCUAGGGAGGCGGCUCGUACUCAAUUACGAGCGAAGCGCGACGCCAUGGAGGCGGCCCUUAAAAAGGAGGAAUGGGAAAGCGCGGCAACACUCGCCGAAGACGUCGCGCGCCUCGAGGGCUUCUGGGCGCCGGGCCACCCCUACACGGCGUUGCAUCGCCUGCGCUGCGCUAAAUUGCAAAACCUCGUGGGGAAUGAAACGGCGGCGCAGGUGCACAUCAUGCUCGCGCUCGUGCGAUUGGUGAUUUCGCACGGCAAGGAGUCCUCUCUGGCGAAGGAGGCGGCGGACAUGCAGGCUAGAGUGAUCCAUAAACGGGAGGGGCGGACGCUCGUCGAGGACGCGUCGAGCGACGACGACUACGACUGGCGAAAGGGCAUGCGUCCGUGGUAA